AUGGAUUGUGUUGAAAGAUUGGGUCUUUCUUUGUCUUCCUUGGGUAGAGAUAUGAUUGUUGAGGUUCCCGCUAAGGGAACGGUAUCUACGUCUCUUGUGUGUAAGAGUUGCCCCUUGUCAAUAUUUGGUAAAGAUUUUGUAGUUGAUCUUGUUUGUUUGCCGCUUGUCGGGUUGGAUGUAGUAUUGGGUAUGGACUGGUUGAAAUCCAACUAUGUUCAUAUUAAUUGCUACAACAACACUGUGAGGUUUUCUUCUGCCGAAGAAGAGGGAAGAACAGAAUUGUUAUCCAAGAAACAAUUGAAGGAGUUCAUAGAAGAAGACGCGUUGGUGUUCUUGUUGAUGGCAAGCUUGUCCGUGGAGAGUCAUGCUGUAAUUGCGGACUUGCCGGUGGUGUGCAAUUUCCCUGAAGUUUUUCCCGAUGAGAUUCCUAGUGCACCGCCAGAAAGAGAAGUUGAAUUCACUAUUGACCUUGUACCUGGUACUAGACCCAUCUCUAUGGCGCCAUAUAGGAUGUCAGCAUCAGAGUUGGAUGAACUGAAGAGUCAGCUAGAGGAUUUGCUUGAAAGGAAGUUUGUGAGACCUAGUGUAUCACCUUGGGGAGCUCCAGUUUUGCUGGUGAAAAAAAAAGGACGGAAGCAUGCGACUUUGUAUUGA